AUCCAGCACGUGUCAUCGCAAUGACGCCGCAAAUCUUUAAAAACCAAUCAUUUUAUUUUGUACUUAACAUAUCCUGGUCGAUACGCGAUACGAGUAUUUGGAUUUAGCACAUUUUGUGAAAACUCCACUAAAAAAGAAUAAGAAAAGUAAAAGAUGAUACAAAAUACCGCUUGUAUAAUUACCAAAAUACCGUAUUUAGUUGAAGAAAUUCGUUGGACUUGAGUGUUUACAGUGUUACCAUGAUAACACUCGGCAUCGACUCGUGUAAACACAUUGAUAAUGCAAAAAUUUGUUCAUCACGAUAAAAAAAUCAUCGUUAUCACUACGUUAUAAGAUUACUGACCGAUUAAACUGAAUUGAAUACUCCGGUAUAAAAAUAUUUCUUGCUAUAUCUACGAUAACGUUAUGAUUGUGUGGUUGUCGUAAUUUACUCGAUAUUGUCUGACAUAUUUGUUCAAACUUUUAUUUCUCAUAACUUUGCGUUAAGACAUUACCUGCGACACUUGAUAAAACAAAAAUAAAACGAGAUAAACGCGUGUAUGGCUCACACGGAGUGACGGAGUGAACAGUUUUUGUGAGUUGUCACGAUUCUAAGUUCUUCGUGAUAUUCAUAUAGAAACAUGUCAAAAAGUAUUGUGAUUGUUGGAUCGUGCAUGAUUGAUCUUUCAAGUUAUGCCACACGGUUACCAUUACCAGGUGAAACAAUUUGCGGUAAAAAAUUUAUUCAGGGUUAUGGAGGCAAAGGAGCGAAUCAAUGCAUCAGUGCUGCUAAACUAGGUGCUUCCACAUCAUUAAUCGCUGCGUUAGGAUCCGAUGACUUUGGAGCCAAAUAUCUGAAAGUUUUGAGUUCAGAGAAUGUGGAUGUAUCGCAUGUCUCAAUUAAGGAAAAUGUCAAUAGUGGGAUGGCUCAAAUACUCAUAGCCGAUAACGGAGAAAACUGUAUCGUUAUAGUACCCGGAGCAAAUGAUCUUCUGAGUAUAAACGACAUUGACAGUGCUAAGGAUGUCAUAAAAUCCGCAAGCGUAUUACUGUGUCAAUUUGAGAGUUGUAUGGAAACAACACUUUAUGCUUUGAAACUUCACAAAGGACAUGGUAUAUCCAUUUUGAACGGAGCACCAGCGGUGGAAAAUCUCAAUCCCGAAUUAUUGGAAUCUUGUACCAUUUUUUGUGUAAACGAGCCUGAGGCUGAAGUUAUGACAGGAUUACGACCUUUGAAUUUGAGCAACGCUCAAAAAGCUAUCGACAGUCUAUUGGAGAAAGGUUGCAACACGAUCAUUUUAACUCUCGGAUCGGGAGGAGCCGUUUUCGCUUCGAAAAACGAACGUUCAAUGGUCCAUGUUCCUACAGAAAAAGUCAUCCCUGUUGAUACGACCGGAGCCGGAGACUCUUUUUUGGGAGCUCUAGCUUACUUCAUGGCGUAUCAUCCAACAUUAUCAAUGAAGGAAUGUAUAAAAAGAGCUUGUCAAGUAGCGACGCGAAGCGUUCUUAAGCCAGGGACUCAAGCAAGUUUUCCUAGUAGAAAAGAGCUCCCUGAAGAAUUGUUUUUGUAACGAAUUUAAAAUAAAGAUUCAAUUAAUGAAUAAUAACGCAUGUUAUUUACAGAAA